AUGAAAGGUUACGAGGUUCAACUAGAAAAGGUUUUGACCAUCUUAGCUACAAUUGAUUUGUCAAGCAACAAACUCGAAGGAGAGAUUCCAAUGCUCAUUGGAAACUUGUAUGCACUAAUACUUCUCAACAUCUCACAUAAUUGCCUCAAUGGAAGUAUUCCACACCAAAUAGGGAACUUGACAUCACUUGAAUCUUUGGACAUAUCUUGGAACCAGUUGAUAGGGAAAAUCCCCGAGGAAAUUACAAAUUUGAAAUUUCUUGAGGUGUUAAACUUGUCACAAAAUCAUUUGGUUGGACGCAUUCCUACGGGCUACCAGUUAAACACCUUUGGAAAUGACUCAUAUGGGGGUAACCUCAACUUAUGUGGAUCUCCACUGUCGAGAGAAUGCAAUGACAACAAUAGGUCACAUGAACACCAACAACAACAUGUUGAGUAUGAAGAUAAAUCAAAAUUCAUGAUUGGAUUUACUUGGAGAGUGGUAGUGAUUGGGUUUUGUUGUGGAGUGAUAUUUGGAAUUUUCAUGGAAAAUCUCAUGUCUCGUAUUAGGAGGCCAAAAUGGUUGUUUAUGACUUUCUACGGGAAUAGGACACACAAAAUUGUUCCAACACAAAGAAGGAAUGCUUGA